CUCGCCUGUCCAUUUCUUGUUUUUCUUCAGGUGGCCGAGAGGAGUUCGCGCCAAUGGACAUCUGCUGCUUAAUUCAGAAAAGAUGUCUAAAUCUACUGGGAAUUUCCUGACGUUGCGUCAAGCCCUCGACAAGUUCUCUGCUGAUGGCAUGAGACUGACGCUCGCUGAUGCCGGAGAUACAAUUGAGGAUGCAAACUUUGUUGAGAAAAUGGCUGACGCUGGAAUUCUACGUCUCUAUACUUUCCACGAGUGGAUUAAGGAAAUCCUCGAGGCCAAAGACUCCCUCCGGACAGGAGAUGCUAGUUCAUUCAACGAUCGCGUGUUUGAUAGGUACGAGUGAUCGUUCUUCGUUCGUGUCUGUUUUUGUCUGUUUACGAUCAUAGCGCUGGACUUUCAGUCGGACAAUAAAUCAGGAAUGCAGAUUUCAAAACGAAGAUUGAAAUAGAAAGCAAUUGGUGCAGCUGCCUUAGACUUUACGUCUGCCAUCGACCGACUACCCGGAUGAAUCUGUAAUAACAAAUUACCGAUAUGUUAUAAGAACAAUCAAUCCGAAUGGCCCCAAGAGCCGUCUGGUAAUGAAUCGGUAAAUAGCAGAUCCCUGGAGCCUAUCAGAUGGGGUGUUUUUAUGGUCGUCGGUGGUCGAGGGCAAAUGGAAUAACAACACAUGAUGGAUCCCAUAUGAUUUAACAAUCACGUUCACACGUUGCAUAUUAAUUAAAACACUCACAGUUGACGUGUAAACCACACAUUCCUUGUGAAACAGAAUCACGUUUCACCGGUGCAUACUAAUAUCAUUAAAACACUUACAGUUAUCGUGUAAACCACACAUUCCUUGUGAAACAGAAUCACGUUCACACGUUGCAUAUUAAUUAAAA